AUGGCGAUAUAUUAUGGAAUGCUGUUUCGCCUCACGGCAGUACUAUUUCUUGUACAGUACUGUCAGGCGAAGACAGUAAAUCUUGACUUUAACGUCACCUGGGUCAAUGCGAACCCUGAUGGUCUCCAUGAGCGCAAGGUUGUGGGUAUCAACGGCCAGUGGCCGCUACCUGUUAUCGAGGUCGACAAGGGAGAUCGCCUGAUUGUCAAUAUGUAUAAUGGACUUGGAGACAAGGAGACUUCUAUCCAUUGGCACGGCAUGUUCCAAAAUGGAACUACUAAUAUGGAUGGCGCGUCGAUGGUUUCCCAAUGCCCAGUCCCUCCUGGUGCCUCGGUUACCUACGACUUCACCAUCCCCCAAAAUGGUACUUACUGGUAUCAUUGCCAUACCGAUGCUUGCUACCCGGAUGGCUACCGGCAGGCUUUGAUUGUGCAUGACGAUCAGGCAUAUUUCAAUGAUAUGUAUGACCAUGAGCUUACCGUUACCAUGAGUGAUUGGUACCAUGAGCUUAUCGAGGAUAUUCCGUUCAUUCGCGUUGGAAACCCGACGGGAGCUGAGCCUGUUCCGGAUUCCUUCCUCUUUAAUGACACCUUGAACACCAAUAUUCCUGUCGAAGCUGGAAAGACGUAUCUGAUGCGAUUGAUCAAUAUUGGUGCCUUUGUGGCGCAGUACUUCUACAUCGAAGAUCACACUUUCCGCAUUGUUGAAAUCGACGGAGUAUACGUUGACGAGCAAGAGGCUGAUACUCUUUACAUCGCCGUUGCGCAACGUUAUUCCAUCUUGGUCACCAUGAAAAAUUCCACGGAUAAAAACUAUCCGAUCGUGACCGUUGCCGACUCGCUUUUACUGGACGUGAUCGAGCCUUCUCUCCAGCUUAACCAAACCAAUUGGCUCGAGUACAAUAGCAAUGCGGCGCACCCGCAAGCUGUGAUGAAAGUGGACGUUGCUUCCGACCUUGUCCCAUACGAUGAUAUGAAGCUUGUUCCUCAUGACCGGAUGCCGCUCCUCACAGAUCCCGAUAUGACCAUUGAGGUCGACGUCGUCAUGGACAAUCUGAAUGACGGUGCAGGUUAUGCGUUCUUCAACAACAUCUCCUACACGAUGCCCAAGGUCCCGACCUUAUACUCCGUCCUCACAUCCGGGGACUACGCCACAAAUGCGGCGGUUUACGGAGAAUUUACCCACCCGUUUAUUCUUGAGCACAACGCGGUCAUCGAGGUUGUUCUCAAUAACUUGGACGGCGGUUCCCACCCCUUCCACUUGCACGGGCACAACUUCCAGCUCGUCAGUCGCACUCCCUCAUAUGGUCCUUCUUUCAAUGACUUCGCCGACGGCGACCCAGUCCCUUUCAAUGCCACUGAGAAUCCCGAAAGUAGCUUCCCGAAAUAUCCCGCUCGCCGAGAUACGUUUGUCGCACCGCCACAGGGCAAUUUUGUUGUCCGUUUCGUCGCUGAUAACCCUGGUGUUUGGCUAUUCCACUGCCACAUCGACUGGCACAUGUCGCAGGGCUUGGCAAUGUCAUUCAUCGAAGCCCCGAAGCAGAUCCAAGAGCAGAUGUCAUUGACAGAGAGCGAAAUUAAUGUCUGCAAGGCUGCAAACAUCUCCUAUGAGGGCAAUGCUGCCGCUAAUACGGACGACCUGCUCGAUCUGACUGGUCAAAACAGACAACGUCCGUGGUUACCUGUCGGGUUUACCGCAAAGGGAAUUGUCGCAAUGGUGUUCUCUUGUGUGUCUGCUUUUUUGGGCAUGGCAUUCAUUACCGUAUACGGUAUAUCGGGCAUCAAACCCAAGGAGGAGACUGUUGUGGUGUCCGAGCGUGAUAGUCUGUGA